AUGGCGAAGCUGGUGACUGAAAGGACAGUGACCCAGAGGACAUGUCCCGAUAUGGCGCUGCUUUUGGAAAUUGGAGGUUGGAGAGGCCUUGACGCGUUGCGGGGACUGGCGAGUAGUUCGCGUGGGACGAUGAGCUUUGGAUUCCUCAGCCCCAGCGUUCAGGAAGAGCAGCACGGCUGCAGCAAGAAGGGUCGACCGGCCGCAGAAGAGACUUUGUCGCUGGUAUGA